UAUUAUAAUUCUUUUUGCUACGUACGAUAAAUGUCAACAUUUACAAUUCUUUUUGGUCAACAUUAUUGUUGGCUUCGGCAAUAUGUUUUUAUAAUUUAAAUCCGUAAUUACAAUGAUCAAAUUACCGAAGUUAAAGCGGGAUCCCAAGGAAACCGAGCAUCUUUGCAAAUGCCGUCCCGUGUGUAAGAGCCGCCGUCGGGAGUGGAAGGGUCAUGUUCAAAAUACGUCUGCUGAGCUCCUGCUGGAGAGGAAACCGGUGGCCGAAUGCUUCAGGAGGUGGCCAACGAAGGUAUACGCGAACAGCCCGUGCCCGCUAUUCGGACGCACGCGCCGUGUGACCGUGAAUGAGCGCAACGCUUCUCACGUCCCUACCGUGGUGAGGGUCUGCCAGGCGCCCAUAGAUGACACCGUCCACACGCCAUACUUGGAGUACGCCGAGAUGGCCAAGCAGCUUGGCGCAUGGGAUGCGGUGCGAGCGUGUUGCGCGUUUUGCGAGUGUGGCGCGUGUUGCCCGUGCGGUGUGAGGGACUACGUGUUGCGCGACGCGGAACGUGCGGCGCGGCGUCGCGGCGACAUGAGAGACUUCGACGCGCGCGUACUCGCCGACUGUCACAAGAUGAGGAUCAUGUAUGAUAAAUCUUGAUGGUGUUAAUUUGUUUUGAAUAAACAUUUUUGCUUCCCGGA